UUUUUUUUCCCAUAGCCCACACUCCACCCCCAUACCCGGGCCCACCUCCAUUUGACAAACCUAAAGAUUGUGCACAAGAUAUGAGAUACAACGCCCCACACCCACAUUUUGGUGUUUCAUGUACAAAUGCAGAGGACCCCAAAUUGUAUUAUAUACAAAACCCACAAACCACUCAAUCGGUCUGUCUAUCCCCUUCUUGCUUCUUGCCUUGCCUUUUUUUGCCCUAUUCAAUAGGGUUUCUUGGUGAUCUUUUGUUUUGUGAUCUUCAUCUCCUUUUCUUUGUUUUUUCUGUUGUCUGAUGCGUUCAGUUUUUCUUGAGGCCCUGUUGAUAGCUGUGGUUCUCUUUGAUCUGAUUGUUUUUGCUCUUGCCGGAGUGUUUUUUGGGCUUAAGCGGUUUGAAACUCACGCCUCUGAUCUUUUCACAAUCUUGCCAUGUCUAAAGUUCUUGAUUUCACCGGUGAUAAGGGAUUUUACUCAGGAGGGUUUCUUUACCAAAACCCUAAGGAGAGUCUGUUCCUGUCUCGCGGGAGGCAUGUCGACUUAUAUUUCCCUCCUCGCAAGAGAUCCCGUGUCACUGCACCCGUUUUCUUCACAGAAGAACCCAAAAAAAGCCAUCCAUCGAUCGAUAUUCUUCCCGACGAGUGCCUGUUCGAGAUUUUCAGGCGGCUUCCUAGCUGCCAAGAGAGAAGUGCAUGCGCUAAUGUGUCUAAGCGUUGGCUCAUGCUUUUGAGUACCAUCUGCAGAGAAGAAAUCUUCACAACGGCUCAAAAAUCCACCGAGCCUAAUGAAACAGAGGCCGAAUCAGACGGCUUUCUAACGAGGUGCUUGGAAGGAAAGAAAGCCAGUGAUGUCCGAUUGGCCGCUAUUUCUGUGGGGACCACUGGCCGAGGUGGACUAGGAAAGCUCUUGAUCCGUGGGAAUAAUUCCACCGUUAGACUUACGGAUUGUGGGUUGAAAACUGUAUCACGCGGAUGCCCUUCUUUGAAAGCUCUCUCCCUAUGGAAUUUAUCCUCCGUGGGCGAUGAGGGUCUCUCUGCAAUUGCAAAUGGCUGCCAUUCGCUAGAGAAGCUCGACCUCAGCCAUUGCCCAGCCAUAACAGAUAAAGGCUUGAUUUCGAUUGCUAGGAACUGCCCGAAUCUGAAGUCCGUUAUACUCGAAUCUUGCGCAAACAUCGGUAAUGCCAGCCUGAAAGCUCUCGGUCAAAGCUGCCCUAAUCUGAAGUCCAUUACCCUGAAAAACUGCCCGCUCGUUGGCGAUCAGGGUAUCGUGGGUUUGUUUACCUCGGCUGGUAACGUACUCACAAAGGUGAAUUUGACUUCGGUUAACAUAAGUGAUGUCUCUCUUGCUGUGGUGGGGCAUUACGGGUCUGCUUUGACUGAUCUGGCAAUUGGAGAUUUACGAAACGUGAGCGAGAGGGGCUUCUGGAUGAUGGGUAAGGGCCAAAGUCUUCAAAAGCUGAAAUCUUUAUCUGUAACUUCUUGCCCGGGAGUUUCGGAUAAAGGGUUCAGCGCAAUUGGUGAAGGCUGCCCGGAUUUGAAAACGGUCUCCCUUCGAAAGUGCCCGCUUGUUUCUGACAAUGGGGUGGUAGCCUUUGCCAAGGCUGCUGUUUCGCUCGAGAGUCUUAAGCUUGAGGAGAUUCAUAGGGUUUCACAAGUAGGUGUUUUUGGUGUGCUCGUGAACAACAAUGGGAAACUAAAGGCGUUUGCUUUGGUCAACUGCUUGGGGGUUAAAGACGUGCCCGUACGAUUUACAGUGACUGUUUUUUGCAAUUCUCUCAGGUCAUUAGUUAUUCGCAACUGCCCUGGUGUGGGAAAUUUCGGGUUGGGCGUUUUGGGUCAGCUUUGCCCCAACUUGACCCAUGUGGAACUCACGGGGCUUGAGGGAAUAACUGAUUCUGGAGUUUACCCACUUUUUCAAAGAUCAGAAGCUUGUGUUGUAAAAGCAGUUCUAAGCAGGUGCGUGAACCUUACUGAUAACAUUGUCUCUCAAAUAAUCAAGAUUCAUGGGGUGACUUUGGAGGUGCUAAAUCUCGACGGUUGCAAGAAUGUAAGUGAUGUGAGCUUGAUUGAAGUUGCGGAAAAUUGCUCUGUAUUAUCUGAGUUGGAUGUUUCGCAUUGUGGAAUAACGGAUACUGGGAUAGGAUUCUUGGCUGGGGCCAAGCGGCUCGGUAUUCAGAUAUUGUCUCUUGCGGGUUGCAAUUCGGUGUCUGUGAAGAGCUUGCCUUCGUUAGGAAAGCUGGGUAAGACCCUGUUUGGGUUGAACAUUCAGCAUUGCUCGGGCAUAAGCUCCAGUGGUGUUAAUCUGCUUAUCGAGCAGCUUUGGAGGUGCGACAUACUCUCUUAAGGUUGAAGAAAAAAAAAGAAACUCUUUUUCAAGAAAACAAAUGUUUGUUAGUGGUUAUGUUAAGUAAGUUUUUGGGUCCAUCGUUAAUGGGUCUGGAAUGUUUGCAGUCCCCCUAGUUGACUUGUUUUGUUCUGGGUUGGGCAUGGCCAUUUUUUUGCAGCUGAAAAAGCUGUUUUUUUGUCGAUGGCCUUGUUUAGCUUAAGAAUUGCUGGCAGUGGGUGGGCUGGGAUAUUUUAGAUUCUUUUUAAGCGGGUUGUGUUUUAGAUGUUUGAUGGUUGCUUUUGACAGUUUUACGUUUCUUACCUUGUGUUAACUGGGGCUUUAGUUGUGGCAGAUGUGCUUGAUUUCGGUCUGCCAUGACAACCUAUUUAACGGUUGUUUUUUUCAUGCUUUUUACUGAAGCCCUGGUUUUGCAAGUGUUUUUUUAUAUGUGAACUGUCCUUAGUUCGAUCUUGUGAGUCUUCAAGAACUAUCUGUUUGCUUUGUUUGUAAGUGGUGUUGUGUUUGAAUAAAGGCUACUUUAAUGUAGCAUUGUUAAGAAAUCACAUUGUCUUUGCAUUUGUUUUAUGGUGAUGAGACAGUUGG